UUUUGCCAUACCUGCUCUGUGGCGAGCAUACCGGUCGAGCAGGAUGGGAUUCCAAAUUGACUGGAGCGUGGAUCGCGGCAAGGUAGCUCUGACCAUCGUCUAUCUGACCGGUCUCUGGAUGGGCUACCACAUCCUGCUAAUCCUGUACAACCUCUCUCCUCUCCACCCGCUACACCAAUUUCCCGGCCCCAAACGAGCCGCUGCUAGUUACGUCUACGAGGCUUAUUACGACUGGAUACGUCUGGGAAGGUAUACAAAUGAGAUCCGCCGCAUGCAUGAACGCUAUGGUCCAAUCGUACGCAUCAACCCCGACGAGCUACACUGCUCUGACCCCUUCUUCACCGACGAGAUCUACGCCGGCCCCGGCCGCGUCCGCGACAAAUGGCAGCACCAACUGAACAUGAUCGGCGCCGGGCCCGCGACCGCAACGGGGUUCACGACCGUCCCGCACGAACUGCAUCGCAUGCGCAAUGGCGCGGUGUCGCGCUUCUUCUCCCGCCAGCAGAUGCUGAAGCUCGAGAGCGAGGUGAAUGAGUUCGCGCAGCUCACCGUGAACAAGAUGCUGCGGGCGGCAGGGAAGGGCCCGUUCGACGUCAAGAACGCGUUUAACUGCUUCACGGCGGACGUCAUCUCGCAGUAUGCGUUUGGCGAGCCGAUGGGGUUCGUCGCGCAGGAGGGCUGGGAGCCGAACUUUGCGACCUGGGUGAAGAGCUUCUCUCGCAGUGCGUAUGUGAUGCGACAUAAUGUGCUCGUAAGAAAGUUGGCGCAGGUGUUGCCUAUGUUGUCGGACUACCUGGGAGAGGAUAUCAAGGCGGUUAUGCAUCAGACGAAUGUUGUUAUCCCACGGUAUGUGGAGGCGGCGCUGCGAGAGCCGGGGAAUGCGCGUGUCUUUUCGGAACUCGUCCAGUCGGAUAUGUUGCCCGAGUCGGAGAAGACGUUGUAUCGCCUCUCUGGAGAGGGAUUCAACUUUCUGUUUGCGGGCACGGAGACCACUGCGGCAAUACUCACAGUCAUCACGUACCACCUCCUCGCCCAGCCUGCGAUCUAUACCCGCCUGAUGGAAGAUCUCCAGGACAUCGACCCCGGCAAUCUCAGGUGGACGGAGCUCGAAAAACACAGCUACCUUUGGGCCAUCAUUCACGAGUCCCUGCGCAUGAUGCCCGGCGUGUCUCAUCGCUCCGCGCGGAUCGCACGCGACGAAGACCUCGUCUACAAGAGCCGCCACGAUGAAAACAUCAAAUGGGUCAUUCCCCGAGGUACCCCGAUUGGCAUGACCUCCAUGAUCAACCACUGGGAUAAGGGUCUCUUUCCCAACCCCGACGAGUUUAUCCCCGAGCGGUGGCUCGUCGACGGUCAGCCGAACUAUAAGCUGCAGCGAAUGUUGAUUGCAUUCGGGAAGGGCAGUCGCACGUGUAUUGGAGAGAAGUAAGUUCAUUUCCAUCGUCUCCUUGUGAUACAAUGUUGUCGUAUGGAUUGGUUGGCGUUGUUGGCGCUGCGCGUCAUCCCCCGUGCGAAACUGUAUGAGACAGGGUUGGAGGAUAUCUCGUAUGAUCAUGAUCUGAUCGUGCCGCAGACGAAGAAG